AUGAUGAACUUCACGGAGGAAGACCUGGACCAUUACUUGCAAAAUCAGGUGGACCUCAGACAUCGGCAGGUCUCUAAAUCAGUAGAGGAUGUGCAAAAAAUAAUCAAAGACCUAACUGCUGAGAUCAGUUCAAAGGAUGCUCGCUUCCAAUCCAUUGCCAACUCUGGAGUUCACAAUGACAGCUUCAAAGAUCAGCCUGCUUUAGCAUCAAAAUGGGCUGCAUUACUUCGGGGAAGGUGUACGUUCAAUCCUGCCAUUCAGGUGCUGACUCCCACUCUGUUCCUGAUUUCUGUGCCUGUGCGAGGCCUGAUGGGCUAUAAAGAAAGGCGAGCGCGGCAGUGGAGGUACUACACGCUGAGCGGCUCACACCUCCUCUCCCCAGUGCGAGAGCCAGAGAAGCUGCACCAGUGGCUGGAGCUGGAGAGCUUUGCCAACGCCUCUCAGGAGUGGCACGAUGCCCGCUUGGCCAUGGAGGGUGACAUCGUACCCGCCAAAGUGGUCACUUUGUUUAAGGAGCAGGUAGAGGCCGCUAUUAAGACGUGUAGACUGACAGAGAAAGUGAGUGUGCUGGAGUCGGUGGGCUCAGUGGUGCGUGUUGCCGUGGAGACGUCGGAAGCGCAGAUUGAGGUUGAGCUGGUGCCCACAGUGGAGCUGAUGAAUUGCUGGCCAAAGAGAGCCCGCUGGCCCCGCCUACUGCAGAGAUGGCCUUCUACUGAGCGCACCCGCUGCAUUAAGUCCUUUGGUUUCAAUCUCAUGGCUACGUCCAAUUACCACUGGCUGCUGUCAUUCUCACGGGCAGAACAAGUGCUGCUGGGUUGUAUAGAUGAGGAUGGCGGCUGUCGCAGGAAGUGUUACAGGGUGGUCCGUCAGCUGAAGGAGGAUGUGUGGUGUCCAGGGAGCAAACCUGUCAUCACUGCCCACCAUUUACAGACUCUGCUGUUCUGGACGUGUGAGAAGUACCCGAGCUCCAGAGACUGGAGGAACCUCAGAGAGUGUGUUUUGCGUCUGGUGCAGAAGCUGCACAAGUGUGUUUCCCAGCGUUACCUCAGGCACUACUUUGUGAGAACCUACAACCUGCUGAAGUACACCAACACCAACGAGCUAGAUGACAUGACCAAAAAAAUCGUAGACUUCCUGGAAAACCCACACACUUAUAUUCACUAG